AUGUCAGACUUUGCCGCUCCCGCCGGCCCUCCGCCGCCCAAGGCGCCCGAAGUGCCUCCCGGCUGGACCGCUCGCUGGAACGCUGAAUACAAGGAAUGGUUCUACGUCAACCUCAACACAAAGCAAUCCCAGUGGGAGCGCCCAACCGCCCCUGCCACUGGAGGUGUUGGCAACGAGGACGGCCCGCCGCCGUACGAGGCCGCGGGUAACAGCGGCGGCCUCCAGGACGCCAAGCACAACCCGGACUCUAAGCGCGACGACCGCAGCAACCCACCCGCGCCGUACGGCGGCUCCGGAAACAACAAUGGCCACGAGGACGACGAGGCGAUGGCCCGCCGUCUGCAGGCCGAGGAAGACGCCCGCAACGGUCGGCCCGCCGGCGGCUCGUCGUUCCCGUCGGACCUGCCUCCGCGGGAGGGCGCCUCCGGCGAGCGCGGCCUGCUGGGCAGGCUGAUGGGUCGCAAGAACAACAACAACAGCAACAACAAUAGCAGCAACAGCACUCCUCCCGGUGGCUACGGCGGCGGCUACAACAACAACAAUAACCAGUACGGCGGUGGCUAUCCCCAGCAGGGCGGUGGCUACCCCCAGCAGCAAUACGGCGGCGGCGGCGGCUACCCCCAGCAAGGCCAAUACGGCGGCGGCGGCGGCGGCGGCGGCUACCCCCAGCAGGGACAGUAUGGCGGCGGUUACCCCCAGCAGGGCCAGUACGGCGGCGGCUACAACCAGGGCGGCCCGGGCUAUGGCGGCGGUCCGCAGUACGGCGGUGGCGGCGGCUACGGCGGCGGGUACCAGCAGCAGCAGCAGCAGCAGCAGCCGCCGAGACGCACGGGCGGCGGCAUGGGUGGCAUGGGCGGCAUGGCGCUCGGCGCGGGCGCGGGUCUGCUGGGUGGCGUGCUCCUGACGCAGGCCAUCUCGCACCACGACCAGGAGGAGUACAGGGACGGAUACGAGGACGGCCGUGAUGAUCAGGCUGACUUUGACGAUGGCGGCGGCGGUGACUGGUAA